GGCAGUGGGCUCCGAGUCAACAGGCACGACAGUGGGCUCUGAGUCAACUGGCACGACAGCGGGCACCGGGUCAUCAGGUAUGACAACGGGCACUGGGUCACCAGGCAUCAGGUCAUUUGGCUCGCCAGAGGGCACCGCGUCAUCUGGCAAGGCAGUGGGGCACCGAGUCACCAGGUAUGACAGCGGGCACUGGGUCAGCAUUGGAUCGCCUGGCUCGACAGCGGGCAUCGGGUCACCAGGCAUCAGGUCAUUUGGCUCGCCAGAGGGCACCGCGUCAUCUGGCAAGGCAAUGGGCACCGAGUCACCAGGUAUGACAGCGGGCACCGGGUCAUCAGGUACCGGAUUGUCUGGCUCGACAGCGGGCAUCGGGUCACCAGGCAUCAGGUCAUUUGGUUUGCCAGCGGGCACCGCGUCAUCUGGCAAGGCAGUGGGCACCGGGUCACCAGGC